AUGGGUCAGGCCGGUAUUCAGGUGGGAAAUGCUUGCUGGGAACUGUACUGCCUCGAGCAUGGCGUUCAGCCUGAUGGCCAGAUGCCAAGUGACAAGACCGUCGGUGGAGGGGACGAUGCUUUGAGCUCCUUUUUCAGCGAAACUGGUGCAGGUAAGCACGUCCCUCGAGCUGUGUUUGUUGAUCUUGAGCCCACUGUUACUGAUGAAGUGAGGACAAACUUUUCGCCAGCUCUUCCACCCAGAGCAACUCAAGAUGCUGCCAACAACUUUGCACGCGGCUACUAUACUAUUGGGAAAGAGAUUGUUGAUCUUUACUUGGACCGUAUCAGAAAGCUUGCUGACAACUGCACUGGCCUCCAAGGAUUCUUGGUGUUCAAUGCUGUUGGAGGUGGUUCUGGUUCUGGUCUUGGAUCACUUCUCUAG